AUGGCUGAUGAACCACUGUAUCCAAUAGCGGUGCUUAUAGACGAGUUGAAAAAUGAUGACAUCCAAUUGCUGUUGAACUCAAUUCGCAGGCUGUCGAUGAUUGCGCGUGCGCUUGGGGAGGAGCGAACGCGUAGAGAAUUGAUUCCGUUUUUGACAAAAAAUAACGAUGAUGAGGACGAAGUGCUUCUUGCGAUGGCGGAAGAGUUGGGAGUUUUCAUUCCUUAUGUUGGUGGAGUGGAGCAUUCUAGUGCAUUGUUACCGCCUUUGGAGGCAUUGUGUAGUGCAGAGGAGACGUGUGUGAGGGAUAAAGCUAUUGAGUCACUUUGA